AUGUAUGUCAAGACCAUAAGGCAGUUUAGUUUUAAGUCACAAACUGGUGGCAAGAGGAAACGCGGUAGACCCAGGCUGCGUUCGUGGGAUGGAGUUCUCAAGGACCUCGAAAUAAAUCGUGGUGGUGGUGUGGUGGUAAACUUGGGGACGCUAAGGCCAACAAGGGGCUGUAUAGCCAUUAAUAAUGAUGAUGAUGACCAACCGUUAACACUUGUAGAUUUAAUGAAGAACUGUCAAAUGUAUUCCGAAUUACGACUAGUAACCCUAACGAGUAGUUUCUUAAAACCUAAGCGUUAUUCUGAUAAUUACCGAUAA